GCGAACAACAAAACUUUCACUUAAUUGGACAUGAUUCCAAAAAUACUAAUUCUGUAUUUGCUGCUGCAAAAGGGUUUAUCACAAGAUGACUUGUUUGAUGGGGUGUUUGAUGGGCUGUUUGACGUUAGUAGUCCACCUACUACCACUGAUAUGUGGGAUGGUUUCUUUGAUACUUCUACCAGAAUGGAAGAUGACAUUAAUUACGCCACAACCAGCUCAAGUAGUGAUAACUCGGAAGUGUGUGAAUGCAUACCUUAUUAUCUCUGCGAUGGCAGAGUAACGGCAAAUAAGAAGCAAGACAAGUAUGGAGGGGGUCUUAUACAAGCAAGAAUCUCAGUACGCGCAGAGUGCCCCCACUACCUUUUGAAGUGUUGCGACGAAGAAGACCUCGUAGACGUCGAUCUCGACGACACCACCCCGCCUCCCCAAACCAAGCCAGAUACUCUUCCUCCAAAAGGUUGUGGUUACCGUAAAUUCAAGCCUCAAGCAAUCCCCAAAGAAGGUUUUGCCGAAUACGGCGAAUUUCCUUGGACCGUGGCAAUUUUCUACACCGACGACACCAACCGCAUCAAUUACGUCUGCGGCGGUGCCCUCAUCCAUCCCGAAGUCGUCCUAACCGCCGCUCACUGCCUCAAAAACAUCAAAAGCGAUCUAAAAAUCCGGGCCGGAGAAUACGACUCUCGUAACGAGAACGAAAAGUACCCCCACCAAGACCGAGAGGUCGCUUCUGCCACCAUUCACUCUCGGUAUGACGCCAAACAUCUGUUAAACGACAUAGCUCUUUUAUUUUUGAAAAAAAAAGUUGAUUUGGCUGCACACAUCAAUGUGGUGUGUUUGCCCCCGGCCGACACCGUGUUGGAGAUGGGUAGGUGCAUCUCGAACGGGUGGGGAAGGGAGAGCUUUGGCAAGGAAGGAGUUAUGACGAAGGUCGAUUUGCCUAUGGUAUCCAGGGUUCAGUGCCAAUCGGAUUUGAGGAGAACGAAUUUGGGGAGGUAUUUUAUGGUGCAUCAGUCGUUUGUUUGCGCGGGGGGUGAACCUGGGAAGGAUACAUGCAAAGGGGAUGGUGGGAGUCCGUUGGUUUGUCCGUUUAAAAACGGGACGGAUAGGUUCUUUCAAAUUGGGAUGGUUUCGGGGGGGAUUGGGUGUGGCGGUAACAGAAUUCCUGGGCUUUAUGUUAAUGUUCCUUUGUUUAGGAACUGGAUCGACGAGAAAUUAAAAAUGAAAAAUUUGGAUCUUGCCAAGUAUCAGGUUUGA